AUUUUAAUAAAAACUUAAAUAAAAACCUAAUUUGAAAAAAGCUAAUUAAAAAAUAUAAAAAAAAAUUAAUUAAUCCACAGCAACAAGAGAAAAAAAAACAAAGUGUGAAAAUUUAAAUAAAUAAUAAUUAUGGAACUAAAGUUUAUCGGAAAAUAAAUUUUUUCUUUUUUGAUUUUUUUUCCCCUAAAUAAGAUGAAAAAUCUGUGAUAAGAAUGCAGUGCUCAAAAAUGAAGAUAGAAAAAAAUGUUAGUUUAUUGAUGAGUAGUCGACUUGGAAACGAGUCGUGUUUCAAGGAAUCAAUAUCAGCCAGUAGAGCAGUGCGACAGAAGAAAUUUUCCGUUUGACCACAAACAUAAGGAACAGGGGAGUGAAUAUUAAAAAAAAAAAUAAAAAUAAAAAAACAAUUAUUUUUCAAGUGAAGAAAGUGGGAAAAAAAAGAAGAAAUGUUGGUGUGUUGGGUACUGGCAGGUGUCCUUGGAGCAAUUGUGCUCCUUUAUGUCAUUGUGGAAAUUCACUAUUUCCUCAGGAUGUUAAUUACCGUCUUCUUUGCACGAUUUUGUCGUAAACGAGUUCACAUUCUCGACGAAACUUCUGUUUAUGGUAUUUGCACCACAACAGACGUGGAUACUCUUUUGUACCACAUGAAUAAUGCCAGAUAUUUAAGAGAACUGGAUUUUGCACGAGCUGAUUUUUAUGAAAGGACAAAUUUAUAUCGAGAAAUUUGUUCUCAAGGGUCAGGACUCGUACAAGGAGCUGCCACUAUACGUUAUCGGAGAUUUUUAAAAGUCUUCUGUUUUUAUAAAAUAACGUCCAAGAUUGUAUAUUGGGACGAAAAGACAAUUUUCAUGGAACAUCGAUUUAUAACACCAAGUGACGGUUUUGUUCGAGCCAUAGCAAUUUGUCGUCAACGAUUAUUGGACUGCAAUGCUGAGGCAAUUGUUGGUGCUCUUAUCAAUAAGGGAGUAAAACAAAAUGGAAAUGUUGAAGCUGGUAUCACACAGAUUGCCAACGUGAGACCAGAAAUCCCACCGGAAGUGGCAAGAUGGAUUGAAAGUAAUGAAAUAUCUUCAGCGGCGUUAAGAAAGACACCAGCUGUAAUUUCAAAUUGCUGACAAAGGGAUGACGCCAUCGCAAAUGGCGUAGAAUCAUCACAAUUUCAUGAAACUACCAUGGUCUAAUUUUUAUAUACACCUGGUUCAUUGCACCGUAUAUUCCGCAUUAUAAAGUACCUGAUAUUGUUUUUUUUUUUAUUAUAAUUAUUUUUUUUCUGAAAAAUUGCGAUCCUACAAAGUGAUAGCCUCGAUUUUAUAUUCAUAAGUGAAGUGUGUUGUGCUACCUUGAAAAUCACAAGUGACGAAAAAAAAAACUAGUUGCGUUGUAUUGAAUGACUGCACCUAAUUAAGAAACAUAUAAUUAUUAUUUAACUCCACAAAAUUCAGUGGGGAAUCUAAUUAACCGGACAAUAUAUACAUAAAACCCCCCCCCAAAAGUGUUCCUUGAGGACCUAAUUAAGAUUCGCUUCAUGAAUCUCUUAUUUUAGGUACUCUUAUCUAGUCUCUGAAAUUUUUUCGAAAUUGCUUUUUCAAUUAAUAAAUAAAUUUUCUAAUUAAUAGCCUAAUAAUAAAAAUUAUUUUUUAAUUAAUAGCCUAAUAAUGAAAAUUAUUUGAAAUUAAUUAAUUUUAUAAAAUUGACGAUUCAAAUAAUGGAAAAUUAAUAAUUAAUCAACUGUAAAAUUAUUAUUUGUAAAAAAAAUUAAUUAUUGAUAUCAAAUCACUUUAUUAGUUAAACUAAUAAUCAAUUUAUAAAUUAUUUUAACGAAUUUCAUAUAAGCAUCGAUAAAUCAAUUUGUUAAAUAAGGGAUUAGAGAAAAAAUUUAUUAAAAUUGUUUUAAUCGAAAACUAAUUAAUAAUAUUACACUCAGAGAAAAAAUCUAUUUGUCUCAGAGUGAAAUAAAUAUUUUUUUGUUUAAUAACACUUUAUUUGAGUUAAAUAAAAAUUGUAUUUGCGCUAAAUAAAAUUUUUGUGCUAAAUAAAUUUUUUUUAUUUUAAACAAAUAAAAAGUUAUUAUGAAGC